CCUUUUGGGAGGAAACGGAUCAACCUUCUCUCAAGAAAUUUUUAGAUUUUCGAUUUUCAGCUGGCGACAUAGAAGAAAUGAUUGUCGAGUAUGCUCGAUAUAAAAACGAACUAAAUACUAUUAGCAGAUAUUACACUGAAGCAUCAGAAUUUGGUACACCAACUACCCUGCGAUCUGUCAUGAUUGUAGUGGGAAAGACUGUCAUGUUUGUUGAUGAGUUAUGCGUAAUGGACUUUGGGAAUCAUGAUGCUCGCGAAAGAUGCGAGUUUGAUAGUAAACAAUCAUCAGUGAUAAAAGGUUUUUGGAAACUUAUAGUCGAAGGAAAUAAUAUUGAGGCAAAGAAAAAGUUGCAAGAAGACAAAGCAAAGGCGAAAGUUCAGAAGUUACAGGCGACUCAGCACAUUACAAUUGCCUCGGUGACGACGGAACAGAUCCAAAAAUAUGCCGCGUCAACCACCAACAGUAUUACAAAGAGAUUCAUUAAUGCUGAUAAUGAAGAUACCGCAAAACGUAUCCGAACUUUUAAGUUAUUGCAAUAUGAACAGGAUAGCAAAGAUGAUAACAUUCCCGAAAAUAAUAAUUCUUUGGUAUCGGAUGAAAAAUUCUCCAAUUCUGAAAAGGAUGCCAUAGAUCGAUUUUUUUCUGGUUCAUUUACGCAAGUUUCUCCAAUAAACCCGUGUAUCCUUAAAUGCGGUGAAGAAUUCAAUGAAAAUAAAGUACUUAAAUCUUUAUGUUCAAAAGAAUGUUGGAAAGAAAUUCAAGGUCUAAAAUUACAUCUUGUAGAAGAAAGCUUAUUAGAAAGAAUAAAUCCCGUAUUUAAAAAGGUCGAAAAUGAUAAUCAAACUUUAUAUCAAAAAUAUGCACAAGCGUGGGCAAAUAUAGGUGAUAACGACAUUACCGAAUUUGAACAAUAUUCUUUGAUAGUAACCCAUAUAUUUAUCAGAGAAUUCACAUGUAAAAGAAAUGUAAUUGCAUAUCCUUUAACUACGGAAUCAAUGUGGAGUACUAUCAUGAGCUUUAUCAUUGGAAAUGCAAUACGUGGAAAUAUUGAUUACACAUGGGGAGAAAUUGAGUUAAAUACAACAGCAACCAGAAAAGAUAAUGGCCAGGAUAUUCUUUUACUUCCAAAACUUGCGACAGGACAUAAGGGAGAUGGGACAGGACUAUCGAAUGAUGGGCGGGAGUGUUUUGUAUUAGAAAUUUCUUAUGCACCACAAAAUCAAGAUAGGCGUAAGACAGCAGAAGAUUUAUAUAAAUUACUAAGGGAAAUGCGAGACAUGUUGCAUAUUUCUAAAAAAGAAAAACUGGAAUCAGGUUAUAAAAUACCAAAAUCGGGUCUAUGUGUAUAUGGCCCACAUUGUUACGGGUAUACACAAGAUUUAUUUGAAAUGGAGUACAUUAGGCCCUUCUAUUUUGUUAGGAAAAUUGGAUCACUAAAUAUUUCUAAUAACGAUAUAACAAAACUUCCAUUUGUUUUACGAAUGAAUUGGGCAUUUAAGAAACGAAUUAUUUCUGCAAAUGAAGUAUGGAAUAACUUGAAAAGUCAAUAUGAGAAUGAUUCAACCUUAGAAUUAUCUGAUGAUGAAGAUGGUUUUACAAAAAUGACACCAAAGAAACAAUCAAAACGUUCUUAG